GCGGUGCCCGCCGCUAACACGCAGUUGGAGGGGUUAUCUGGAGGGGUUAGGAAGUUAGGGUUAGUGAUUUGUUUUCUAAAAAUUAAACUGCUUUAAGGGACAAGGAGGCGGCAGUUACCUUAUGGUGGAAAGAAGUGAAAGGAGGUCAGUCAGAUUUAGUAAAGGACACAUUUUUGAUGGUGUUCUGAAGGGUGUCGCCUUCACUAAAAUUUGUUUUCUCCACGUCAAAGCCGUUUGUGUUUUAGCCAGAUCAUGUUUUUGUAUUCCUGCAGUUGAAUGAUACUUGUUAAGCGCGCCCUUCUAGAAAGCUCGCCUGCUCGGCACAUGCAGCUCAAGGCGGCCAGGACAGUAGUGUUGUUUUCUCUGGAUCUGUGUGUAAAGUUUUUCUAUUCCAGAAAAGGUCAGUUCCAGAACUUAGGUCCUGACGUCUGUCCCCAAGGCUCUCUGUGCUGGCUCAGCUUCUGCUAGAGUGGCAACAGGACCUUGUCGUUCGUUGGUGCCUCGGGACGCAGGGUGAAGGUUAGCGCUGGCCAGAACCAGAGUUUCCACAGCCCAGUUUCUUUCUGCAUCCAUGGCAUUAAUAUUAACAACAACAAGAACAAACUUUAAAAAGAAUCCCUCACUCAUAUUGCCAAAUCUGUUAGCUUUCAAAUUUUUUUUUUUUUAGGCACAGGGUCUUGCUACGCUGCCCAGGCUGAAAUACAGUGGCUACUCACAGGCACGAUCACAAUGCACUGCAGCCUCAAACUGCUGGGCUCAAGCGAUCCUCCUGCCUCUGCCUCCCAAGUAGCUAGGACCACAAGUGCACACCACUCGCACAGCCUGAAUAGCAUUUUACACAAAGUUUCUUGAGCAGCUACUUAAUACUAGCUAGCCGAUCCUAACUCUGUAGGUCUGGACAGUGCUGAGGGUGAUACAUGAGACAACCCAAAUUCACAUCUUAAAUGACAUCAUCUAAGCAGAGUUGCGAAGCUCCCCCACUGAGAACAUGAGAAAUGAGAGCUUUAAAGACACUCAGGACUACACCUCCAGUGUUUCUAGCCUCAGGGACGCAAGCUCGUUUGGUGACCGGCCAUUUGGCACAGCUUCCGUCAGACACGCCAGGAGCCACUGGCGCUGGGCCGUCGCUAGGGCUGGAAAGCAGGUGGGGAGCAAAACAUGACAGAAGCAGAUGCCUUCUAUAAAAGUGAAACGUUUGAUCCGGCAGAAGAGUACAGGAUGGACCACAGGAGGAGAGGGGUCGCUUUAAUCUUCAACCACGAGAGGUUCUUCUGGCACCUGACGCUGCCGGAGAGGCGGGGCUCGAGCGCCGACAGGGACAACCUCACCCGCAGGUUUUCAGACCUAGGAUUUGAGGUGAAAUGCUUUAAUGAUCUCAAAGCAGAAGAACUACUGCUCAAAAUUCACGAGGUGUCAACUUCUAGCCACGCCGACGCUGACUGCUUUUUGUGCGUCUUCCUGAGCCACGGCGAAGGCAAUCACGUUUACGCCUAUGACGCUAAAAUUGAAAUUCAGACGCUGACUGGCUUGUUCAAAGGAGACAAGUGUCAGAGCCUGGUUGGAAAACCCAAGAUAUUUAUCAUUCAGGCAUGUCGGGGAAACCAGCAUGACGUGCCCGUCCUUCCUUUGGAUGAAGUGGAUCAUCAGCCUGACAAGCUGGACACCAACGUAACGGAGGUGGACGCAGCCUCAGUUUACACGCUGCCUGCCGGGGCAGACUUCCUCAUGUGCUACUCGGUUGCCGAAGGCUAUUAUUCUCACCGGGAAACUGUGAUGGGUUCGUGGUACAUUCAAGAUUUGUGUGAGAUGUUGGGGAAAUACGGCUCCUCCUUGGAGUUCACAGAGCUGCUCACACUGGUGAACAGGAAAGUGUCUCGGCGCCGAGUGGACUUCUGCAAGGACCCAAGUGCAAUUGGAAAGAAGCAGGUUCCCUGCUUUGCCUCCAUGCUAACUAAAAAGCUGCAUUUCUUUCCAAAAUCUAAGUAAUAGAGGCUAUUUUUAUCUUAAAAUCUGUAUUCAAGAUAUCUUUCCCUUUUUAUAUCGAUAAGGAUCACUAGGUUGCAGCACAUGGUCCUGCAAUGUGUAAAAUAUUUUUAGGCUUAAUGCCCAGCAAAGAACUGCCUUUUUUCUCACUAAAUAGUUCAUGUUGGACAUGGUGAAAGGGUUUGAUAUGUAGAAACAUAAUCCUCAGAAAAUUACUAUAAAUAAAAAGCUACAAACUUUUGUAAUAUUUGAUUUUUUUAGUAAACUGCAAGGUUAUGCAAAAUGUCUGGCUGAUUUAACUUGUAUUUUACUUUUUUAUGAAAGUUUAUUAUAUAAUGGGGUUUUUUAAUUUUUUAUAAGGCUGGUCAAUGUAUAAUGUUUUUAAAGGUUUUUGAAACCCAAGAAUUAGGUGGUUAUCCCUUAAUAAAAUACUUGAAAUUCAUGUUUUAUUAAA